CCAUCAAGCUUAAUGCUUUUAAGAAACGUUUUUCCAUAAACAUUCAUAUUUUAUGUUACUUUUUCAAAUAGGCAGAGGUUCUCUCCUUCACAUUAUGCUUAUAAAUCUGUAUAAAACCCCACCCAUCAUCCCAUGGUUUUCACCAUUCACAUUCACAAGUAAACAAGCAAACAAACCCUCAAAAAAUGCCCAAACCCCUUCAAAAAUCUCUUCAAGACUACCUCUCCAAGAUCAAAAAACCAACAACCCCACAUAUCCCAACUCAUAUCUCGUCUUCUACUAGUUGGAUCCUAAGAGGUUGCAAGCACACCAAGACACUAUCUAUCUCUGUUGAUCCUCAUCUCAACAAUGCUAAUAAUGAUGCAGCAACCCUAGCCGACAUCGAUCGGUUCCUGUUUGAGAACUUCAAGUCACUAUAUAUGAACGACGAUGAUGAUGAAGGCAAGCAGAAGAACAAGAAAGGUGAUGACGGUGGUGAAGAAAAAACAGGUGGGUUUUUGUUUGAAUCACCUAGGCUUAUCGAUCCACCACCGGAUCUUUGUGCCUCUCACCGGUUUUUUGUGGCAACCGACUCAUCGAGUUCACUGAUGGAGGAAGCUAGGAUAAGUGCAACCACAUCUGAGAACACAGGCUCGAGCUCCACCACCACAACCACUACCGCCGCAGCCACCGCCACUACUGGUACUAACGAGUACUCAACAACCAGAGUCAAUGACAAUGCUAAUAAGCAGGUGAUGGGUCCUGAUGACUUUAUAGCCGUGUUCACAUACUCGCCUAGUCCAUGCGAUGAUUUCAGGCAUUCAAUGCAGGAGAUGAUCGAAGCAAGGCGGCAAUACUAUGGAAAGGUGGAUUGGGAAUUUAUGGAAGAGCUUUUGUUUUGUUACUUGAAUUUGAAUGACAAGAAAACCUACAAGCACAUACUGAGUGCCUUUGUCGACCUGAUCAGCACUUUACGUGAGAAUUGUGGCAAAGUUACGGCAAGAUCACAGCAGAUUCGGUCUGCAGGCAACAGGAAGAAGUGAAAGGAAAAACUCUGUUCUUACAUAAAAAGUUAUAGAAAUUAAAAUUAUGCUGCUGAUCAAUAAUUGCCUUUUCUGGGUGAUCAUACAUGACAAAGUUACCAAAAAUUAAUAAAAUUUUCAUUUACAUAAAAAGUUAUAGAAAUUAAAAUUAUGCUGCUGAUCAAAUGACAACUGUUGAUUUACAUUUUCCUCUGCAAAAAUAAUAGAACAGACACUUCACCCAAUCCAACCAUCAUAUAUAUUUAUGAAUAAAAUAACAUAAAAUAAAAACCAUCAUAUAUAUAUAGUACCAAGCACAGCCUCCUAAAGACGCUAUCUAAUCUUACCUCCCAUUACCUUCCCUUGUUGAACUCUGCGCAAUAAUCUUCGGUAUCUAUUACUGUAAAUUUCUUGUCUUCAUCCAA